CUGGUUGAAUAUUAACCGUAUCAACGUAUAACUGCCACAAUAAACAGAGGAGAGAAGAGACGGUCCAUUUCUUUUCAUCUCACUUAAACUACCAUAUUAAACCUUAAAAUAAGGAAUGAGCAAAGCAGCAACAAAGGAACAAAUGCAGUGGGGAACAUGUCUUUGUUCUAAUUUUACUGUCACUGGUCCUUAUCAAUCUUGUUCCUCUCCUCUGGCCAGUUUUAACAGUUGAUAUUCUCUUCAGCAAAUUUUGGUGGUGACAUAUUAACAUAUAUUAUACCCACUCAAAAUGUUAACUUAUCAAUCUCUUUGGACAAUGGUUGGCCUCUAGUUAUUGGUGGCUGUUGUUAUUUCUUACACAAACUUUCAUGCACCUGAUAAGAUGAUAAAGUCAAUUGUGUGGAAAAUACCACUGAAUUUUGCACAAGUGAAGUUUCUUAACAUGGGUUUUGCUUAGUUUUUGUGCCUGUCUUUCUCUCUUCUAACUACUGCUCUAAUGGUUUGAGGAAUUGGUUAUGGAGGUUCUGGGAAAUGGGUGGAGGGUGGUUCUGGAAAUUGGUUGCAUGUUUGAAUGAAUGCAAAGUUUGGAGAUUUAUAUCACCUAAAGCUUCAUGAUAGUCAGGUUAGGACUCGUAGUUGCUGCUUCAAUUGCAGCCUUUACAGUUAAGCAGCUGAAUGUUAAAAGCUCAAAACCAGAAUAUAAAGAUGAGGGCACAGAAGAGGAGCACGUCACAAGAGUCAUUGAUGCUCUCAAAAAGAAAGAAAGGGAGGAGGAAGAGGAGGAAGAGGAGGUUAAGUUAAUUAGCAGCAUAAUUAAUCGAGCUAAUGACUUCGAAGAUGAUAUUCUGCCGGAAUUUGAAGAUCUUCUAUCUGGGGAGAUUGAGUUUCCUUUAUCAUCUGAAAAGGCUGAGAAAGACAAAGUUUAUGAAAUUGAGAUGGCGAACAAUGCAAAUGAACUAGAAAGAUUGCGACGGCUUGUGAAGGAAUUGGAGGAGAGGGAAGUGAAGCUUGAAGGAGAAUUGCUUGAGUACUAUGGUUUGAAGGAGCAGGAAUCAGACGUUGUGGAGAUACAAAGGCAGCUGAAAAUUAAGACUGUAGAAAUAGAUAUGCUUAACAUUACAAUUAAUUCAUUGCAAGCCGAAAGAAAGAAGCUUCAAGAAGAGCUCACACAAGGAGGUUCAUCCAAGAGAGAACUUGAUAUGGCUAGAAACAAGAUCAAGGAGCUACAAAGGCAGAUGCAGCUUGAGGCUAACCAAACGAAAGCCCAGUUGUUGUUGCUUAAACAACAAGUUUCUGGUCUACAGGUGAAAGAAGAAGAGGCUGCAAGAAGAGAUGCUCAAGUUGAAAAGAAAUUGAAAGCUGUGAACGACUUAGAGGUUGAAGUGAUGGAACUUAAGAGAAAAAACAAAGAAUUACAACAUGAGAAGCGAGAGUUAAUGGUUAAACUCAAUGCUGCUGAAUCUAGAGUCAUGGAGCUCUCUAAUAUGACCGAGAGUGAAAUGGUUUCCAAGGCAAAAGAGGAUGUCAGUAACCUGAGGCAUGCAAAUGAAGAUCUUCUAAAGCAAGUGGAAGGACUGCAGAUGAAUAGAUUCAGUGAAGUUGAAGAGCUCGUGUACCUUCGUUGGGUUAAUGCAUGCUUGAGGUAUGAGCUAAGGAAUUACCAGGCACCACCAGGAAAAUUAUCAGCCCGUGAUCUCAGCAAGACUCUUAGCCCGAAAUCACAAGAGAAGGCUAAGCAGCUGAUGUUAGAAUAUGCAGGAUCAGAACGUGGGCAAGGCGACACUGAUCUUGAUAGCAAUUUUUCCCAUCCUUCUUCACCAGGAAGUGAAGAUUUUGAUAAUACUUCUUUUGAUAGCUCUAAUAGCAAAUAUAGUAGUCUUAGCAAGAAAGGUGGCCUAAUACAAAAGUUGAAGAAAUGGGGCAAAAGCAAAGAUGAUUCUAGUGCUCUUUCAUCACCAUCUAGAUCUCUUUCAGGAGGUUCUCCAAGAAGGAUGAGCACGAGUGUAAAACAUAAGGGUCCACUAGAAACCUUAAUGCUAAGGAAUGCUGGUGAUAGUGUAGCCAUCACUACCUUUGGGCAGAGGGAUCAGGAAACUACUGAUUCUCCUGAAACUCCAAAUGCGACUGCCUCCUUAAAUUCUGUUGCUUCUUCAUUCCAUUUGAUGUCUAAGUCAGUUGAUGGAUCUCUGGAUGAGAAGUAUCCUGCAUAUAAAGAUCGCCAUAAAUUGGCCUUGGCAAGAGAGAAACAAAUUAAAGAAAAGGCAGAGAAAGCAAGAGUUCUGAAAUUUGGUGACAAUUCAGGUUUGAAUAUGACCAAGGGAGAAAGAGGCAGUCCUAUAUCUUUGCCACCAAAACUUACUCAAAUAAAGGAGAAAUCAUUUGUUUCUGGCCCUCCAAAUGAUCAAUCUGAUGAUGGAAAGAAUGAUGAAAAUCAAACCAUUAGCAAGAUGAAGCUUGCUCACAUUGAGAAAAGGCCUACUAGGGUGCCUAGGCCUCCUCCCAAACCAUCUGGUACUGCUGCUGUUAGCACAAAUUCAAAUCCUUCGAAUGGAGUACCAUCUGCUCCACCAGUUCCCCCUCCUCCUCCAGGUGCUCCACCACCGCCACCAGGUGGACCACCUCCCGCACCUCCUCCCCCAGGAAGCCUAUCAAGAGGGGCAAUGGAUGGUGACAAAGUUCACCGAGCUCCACAGCUAGUUGAAUUUUAUCAAACAUUGAUGAAAAGGGAGGCAAAGAAGGAUACUUCACUUUUAGUUUCUUCUACAAGUAAUGCAUCCGAUGCCAGGAGCAACAUGAUUGGAGAAAUUGAGAAUAGAUCAUCAUUCCUCUUAGCUGUGAAAGCUGAUGUAGAAACUCAAGGUGAUUUUGUUAUGUCCUUGGCAAAUGAAGUUCGAGCAGCCUCCUUCACAGAUAUUAAUGAUUUGGUGGCCUUUGUGAACUGGCUAGAUGAGGAACUUUCUUUCUUGGUUGAUGAACGAGCCGUCCUCAAGCACUUUGAUUGGCCUGAAGGGAAAGCAGAUGCCCUAAGGGAGGCAGCUUUUGAAUAUCACGAUCUGAUGAAAUUGGAGAACAAAGUCUCCACUUUCAUUGAUGAUCCCAAACUCCCAUGUGAAGAUGCUCUGAAGAAAAUGUAUUCAUUGCUUGAAAAAGUGGAGCAAAGCGUGUAUGCAUUAUUGCGGACAAGAGAUAUGGCUAUUUCACGAUACAGGGAAUUUGGAAUCCCAGUAAACUGGCUAUUGGAUUCAGGAGUUGUAGGCAAAAUAAAGCUUUCUUCUGUACAACUAGCAAAAAAGUAUAUGAAACGUGUUGCAUCUGAACUUGAUACAUUAUCUGGUCCUGAGAAAGAACCAAAUAGAGAGUUUUUGAUUCUGCAAGGCGUGCGUUUUGCUUUCCGAGUCCAUCAGUUUGCAGGAGGCUUUGAUGCAGAGAGCAUGAAGGCUUUUGAAGAUCUAAGGAGCCGCAUCCAAACCUCUCAAACUGGUGAAGAUAAUAAUAAACCGGAGACAUAGGAAAUCCAUCAGAAGUUUUUUCUUUUCUUUGUUUUUUUUCCCCCUUUGUAGUUGCUUCUCUAAUAUAUAUGUUGCCUUUUCAGCUGUAUAUUUCAUUUUGCUUCAAUUUGCAUAGCCUAUACAUACUGGAUGCUAUACAAUGAUACAAGAAUCAUAUUGUAAACUUUGAACUCCAA